AAUAUUCACCGUUGCGAGACACUUCACGCCCUAAUUCACUUCCUAAUGCUGAAUAUAAUCCCAUCAGUGUUGUAUUUGGUGACGACCAUGGCGCACUGGCUGUAUGAAAGGCGUCUGAUCACGUAAAAUCGCAGUAAGAGUUGUAGUCUCGCGUGGCUCGCUCACUUUGACAGCCUCUCUCUCUGACAGUUGGGGGGGGGCGGCCCGCUGCCUCUCAUCACAACAUCACUAGCCAGGGCGUUCCAAGCCAAGCAGCCAGCCAAGCAACGCACACUUUUGCUGGAUAAAUAAAUACCCUUCGGCCACCGCUGUUAUCACGAGAAGAAACCCGUUACUUGAUACGCAGACGAAAUGCCAUGUUAAAGUGACGAGAAUGAACAAACCCAAGAUGGCCUCAGAGAAGGGUGUUCCCAGUAACUCCAGAGUGCAGAUCCUGCUGGCCCAGCUGGAGAAGAUUACCGUCGACCCCGUGGGGCGGGAUCCUGAGACGGCGCGGCAGGUCACUUCCAAGCUCCUCCAUCUCAUACAGACGCAGGAGAAGACAUCAAAGGAGGUGAUGAUGACCAAAGGCACAAGCGGCAUGGAGGUCAUCCUUUCUUCACUGGAGAGCACCCGGGACAUCCAGACCAUCCUGAACAUCCUGUGCAUACUCAGUGAGCUGCUGACCCUGGGUAAAGGGCGCAGGGUAGGGGUCUUCGUAUCAAAGGGAGGAACAGCAGUGCUACUCCGCAUUCUAAUCAGCGCCAGCAAAGAAUAUCACCCCAACGAGGAGCUCAUGUUGCAUCUUCAUUCUUUACUGGCGAAGGUGGGCCCAAAAGACAGGAAGUUGGGUGUGAAGGCACGUCUGACUGGCGCUCUGAAUAUUACAAUAAACCUGAUCAAGAAGAACCUUCAAAAUGUCAAGCUGCUCCUGCCCUGCUUGCAAGUUCUUAGGGUUUACUCAACCAACAUGGUGAACGCCAUAUCUUUGGGCAAACACGGAGCGAUUGAGCUGAUAUUCAAGAUUGUUGCACCGUACAGCAAGAAGAACACUAGCCUGAUCAAGGUCGCUGUAGAUGCACUCGUUGCUCUCCUCAAAUCCAAGACAAAUGCUCGGCAUGCAGUGGAGGGCGGCUACGUUCCCACGUUGCUCGCUCUCUACCUGGACUGGCACCGCAACGACACGUGGCAUCGUCACACAGUGAUCCGCAAGGGGCUGCUGGGCUGUCUGCGUAACGUCACAAACAUAAAGCUGGGCAGACGGGCAUUCACCAAGGCGGACGGCAUGCGAAUUCUGUACAACUCUUCCUGUGAGUGUCUCUCGCUGCGUGCCCUGGAUCCUCUUGUGAACGCCUCGAGUCUCAUCAUGAGGAAGUGCUUCCCCAAAAACCGCCUGCCUCUCCCUUCCAUCAAGUCAGCCUUCCAAUACCAGCUGGAGCACGUGCUGCCUUCAGGGUCGGUCGCACAUCUCUGCAGCCAAAACCCAGGAGGGAAAACCGCAAGAUGUGCCCGUUCUAAGGGUGAUAAUUGCGCUGUGUGCAUGUGUGCCCCACCAGUGGACGACGUGGUGGAUGACAGUGAUGAUAACGAGGACACCGAGGCAGACACAGAGAACGAUACAGAGAAUGAAGAUGAUGAUAAGGAUUGCCGCUCCCUGAACGACGACAUUGAAAAGGAUAUGAACAAGCUACACCCCCAAAAAAUACCGAGCCGACCUUUCGAAGAGUUAAAAGUCUAUGAAAAGUUCUUUGUCGAGCUGUCUGAAGACUUCCAGGAUUACAACUUUGAAUCCUCUACCACAUCUUCAUCGGCUAACUCCGAUGAGCCCAUCGUUGUGCCCACAUCUGAGGCGCCGUCCCGGAAUCAUGUCUCUGCUCAGGAUGCGAGCAGCACCUCUGCUCCUGAGCUCACCAUUUCUCCUCUACAGCUGGACACCAGCGACUUUGCCCAGGAAAUCAACAAAAAGGACGAGGCACAUUAUCAAAAAGUAGAGCACGAUCUCUCACAGGCGUCAGAACAUGUCUCCCUAAAUCCGGAUGAGAUGGGAGUCAAACAAAAAGGACCUCCCAUCAGUGCACAGAAGUCCAUGCAGUCUCCUUUGCUUUUGGAGGGCAUUGCCAUUCGCUGUUUAGCUGCGGCAGCAGCAGGUGGAGGAGGAGGAUCAGACUGCGGCUCGGAGGGUGCCGAGGAAGAAGGUGGUGAAGGAGCCGUCCUGGAGGUGCCCGACACAGCUCAGCUUCUCCCACUCCAUGACUUGGACCUUUACGUAGACAUGGUGAAGGGGACACAGUCUGUGCCUCACUACACCGAGGUGGCCUAUCCGGACUACUUUGGGCAUGUGGCCCCUACCUAUAGGGAGCCCCUUUUGGAAAGAUUGUAUGGGGUACAGAGGUCUAAGAUAUUCCAGGAUAUUGAGAGGUUGAUUCACCCCAACGACAUCCUGGAUAAGGUUGUUUACGACCUCGACAUUUCCAGCUGUCCUGUGAUUGAAAGUAAUGGCGAGUCGUUGAGGUUCAACUCUCAGUUUGAGUCCGGCAAUCUCAGGAAAGCCAUUCAGAUCAGGAAGUAUGAGUACGACCUGAUUCUGAACUCGGACAUCAACAGCAACCAUCACCAUCAGUGGUUCUACUUUGAAGUGAGCGGCAUGCGCGUAGGAGCCACGUACCGUUUCAACAUCAUCAACUGUGAAAAGUCUAACAGCCAGUUCAACUAUGGCAUGCAGGCGCUGAUGUACUCGGUUCAGGAGGCCAUCAAUGGCAGGCCUCGCUGGGUCAGAACAGGAACAGACGUCUGUUACUAUAAGAACCAUUUUGCUAGGAGUUCCACCGCAACUGGUGGUCAGAAAGGGAAAUCCUACUACACAAUGACUUUCAGCACCAUCUUCAGCCACAAGGAUGACGUCUGCUAUUUUUCCUAUCACUACCCUUACACGUAUUCCUCGUUGAAGAUGCACUUGUCAAAGUUAGAGGCUAUGAAGGCGCCUGGAAUUUACCUGAGACAGGACGUCCUGUGCGAGACGCUGGGGGGAAACAGCUGCCCGCUCCUCACCAUCACCGCCAUGCCAGAGUCGAACUCUAGUGAUCACAUCUGCCAAUUUCGAAAUCGUCCAUUGAUCUUUCUGUCAGCCAGAGUGCACCCUGGGGAAACCAAUGCCAGCUGGGUGAUGAAAGGCACACUGGAGUUCCUGAUGGGCACCAGCCUGUUGGCGACCACGCUGAGAGAGGCUUACAUCUUCAAGAUUGUGCCCAUGCUGAACCCUGACGGUGUCAUCAACGGAAAUCAUCGUUGUUCUCUGAGCGGGGAAGAUUUGAAUCGCCAAUGGCAGCUUCCCAACCCCGAGCUGCACCCAACCAUCUACCACACCAAGGGCCUGCUGCAAUACCUCGCACACAUUCAACGAGCACCACUGGUUUUCUGUGACUACCAUGGUCAUUCCAGAAAGAAGAAUGUCUUUAUGUAUGGCUGUAGUGUAAAGGAAACAAUAUGGCAGUCAAACAUCAAUGCCGCAUCCAGUGAUCUACAAGAGGACCUCGCAUACAGGGCCCUUCCAAAGAUCCUCUCCCAGAUCGCGCCAGCCUUCAGCAUGGCCAGCUGUAGUUUUGUGGUUGAGCGCUCCAAAGAGUCAACUGCGCGUGUGGUUGUUUGGCGGGAGAUCGGCGUGCAGCGCAGCUACACCAUGGAGAGCACUGUCUGUGGAUGUGACCAGGGCAAAUAUAAGGGUUUUCAGAUUGGCACCAAGGAGCUGGAGGAGAUGGGAGCUCAGUUCUGUGUGGCCCUGCUAAGGCUGAAGAGGAUGACGGGGCUGCACAACCACCAGUAUCUGUUGGAUCUGGAGACUGACCUCAUCGGGACGCAGCCGAAAGUAGUCAGCAGCUGCCCGACUACCUACGUGAUGGAUGAGGAUGAGCCGUCCUUCCUGGAGGCGGUGGAUUACAGUGCCGAGAGCAACGACGAGGAUACCGAGGUGGACCUCGAGGCCAGUGGCGCCACCGACGCCAAUGCCGGCCAAGUCCCCGCGCGGCAGUCAGACUCCGAGAGCAAUCAUGAUGCUUGGAAAUCUGAGCCUGUCACCAGCAGCCAAUGACUGAUUUUUUAAAAUAACUUAUUUAUUUAUUGUUUUUAUUUUCAAUUCCAAAAGCAGGGAAGGUAACUCCACUCACGGCUUCCAUUUUAUACUCCUUGUUGCCAUUUCUUGGUAUUUAACGCUGGAAUUACACUACAAGUGACCAACGCCCUAUUUAUUUAGUAUACUGUAUUUCCAUAUUACUAUUUCAUUGCAUUUACUUUUUCCGACACAAACAUGCCUGUAAACAAAUGGCAGAAAAAUGACAAGUAGUAAGUAAAUAAUACAAACUGAGUAAUUUAGAAAAAAAUCUGCCUUUCAAGUCCAUUGUUGCAAAUGCACAGUUUAAUUUGUUAUUUAAAAGUACUUUCAUUUAGUAAUUAAAGGGAUGGAUAAUGUCAAAUGUUAAAAUAAUGGUUAAAUCAGUGUUGCUUUUGGCAGCUCUUUUAAUUAUCGUCUUAGUCAUAUGUUUGUUAUUUCAAAAUCUGUUCGUCUUCUAGAAAACUCAGACAAAUUUUGUCUAGUUUUAUUCGACAGUUGUCAAAAUGUCUUUAAACCUAAAAAGUUUUUAUCCAUGAAUAAAUAAAUGAAAGGUUUCUAACAAUUUCAAAUGAACAUACACGAGCACAUAAUUGUCUACAAGGAGAUUAACAUCUUCAUGAUGACUCAGCAGGAAAACAGCACAUUAUUUGCUAUUAAUUAAAUUCGUCUGGACCCCACAAAUUGUAUGUAAAAAGUUUUCCAAGAAUUUGAGACACUCACCGAGUCACCGCGCUAAAUGCUAAUGCUAACGCGAACGCUAUGCUAACGCUCCAAAUUAUGAGUGCAAGAUCACUCAGCACAGACCUAUAACGCCUAAAGCAACAUGGCAUAGCCAAGCCACGUGUUUCACAAAAGGAGCAUAGAAUGGGAACACGCUUAAGCCUGUGUUUGUGUGUGUGGGGGUGCAGCACGUCACAUGAGUGACACGACUAAACGCCGCUAAAAUACGUGUGAACUACACAUACAGUACAAUAAGAAAAUAUCACACAUUGUGAAGUUAUGACGGAAGCUAUUGCUAAUUUUCGUCUCUUUCUCGUCUCGUCAGACGACAACUGGCAUCCAUCUCGUUAUGUUUUAGUCUCCGCAGACACAUUUUUAGAUCUUAAUCGUGAUGUCAUCGUCAUGACAAAAAUUGUUCGUUGACUAAAUAUUUUCGUUAUUCGUUGACGAAAACAACUCUGGUUCAAACGAACUACGACCACCCAGCUCCCUAAAAGUAUCGUUAGCGCAGACACAUGAUAAACACGCCUGAAGAGCGUGCAUCCCCUCUACUGGCAAAUAAAUAAAUCAGCCUUGAGUAAAAAACAAAAAAACUCCGGGAUUGACAUAUAGAUAAUCUCUAGAGCACAAAUUAAUCCAUAAACCCAAAUUUCAUUUGACCUGUCCAUGAACAACAGCAGACUAGCCAUUUUAAAUCAGUGUAUUCACAAAGAACAAGACAAACAAAGCGAGUGACCUUUUGAGCCCUCCUUCCAGGCGGUCUAAAAAUUAUACGGCCUAUGAGAUAAUUGUCUCCAGGGUAUUUUGACGACUAUUUUUAUACCUUAAGUUUAAGGUGCGUUUAAGGCCCCCCCCGCUUCUGCAAGGUACGAUUGCAUUCGCGCAAACUAUGUAUGCGUAGAAAGAAGCAGCCUCAUAUGUUACGUCGUUAUCUCUGAACCGGAAACCCAUUACUCGCCGGCGGGAAAUUUCGAAAUUAUUACACGUUCUAGACCAGGCGUCGGGAUCUCCGUUUUGUAAUCACUGAUUUUGUCAUGAACGCAAUAGCGUACUGCACGAAUGCUAUUUUUACACCGUGACGUCGCAUCGUAAAGCGGAAAUGGGACAUUAUAGACACGCCCUCGUAUACAAACCAUUAUAUUUUUGCUAUUUUUCUCUGGUAAUCUUUCAAAAAUGAACGUGCCGAUCAAACACUGCUGAUAUGGAACUUGUAGAAACGACUGUAGACAUUACGAAAUAUGAAGAAUGUUACUCUUCCUACGUUUCCCGAAACAAAACUUGGAGGAAAAAAUGUGAAGAAUCGAUCAAUUUGCGCGGACAUUUAACGCCAGCAAGGUGAAGCCAUUCACAUUUAAUAUGCAGUAAACAUUUUGUUGGGUUGGCAUGGUCCUUCAGAGGACAAAGAGGUAAACCAUUUUGAUAUUUUUUACUUAUUUUUUAGCGUGGCGUUUUGCCGUGCCGCUUCUGUCUGACAAUGAAUGACCUGAAAAGAAUUAAAAUGGUAUCUGACUGCCACUCUUACCUUUUCUGUUGUAAAAAAUACAACUUUAGUAAGGGGAAGUGUAAAUAAAUUAUCGAAUUAGGAUUUGUUAUUAAUGAAAAAAUUAAAAGCGUUCGUUGGCUGUCAACGAGUAGCAUUUGCGAUCACUUCGCAAAUUAGCAAUGUAAAUUGCCCAAAAGAACGGUCAGAGACGUAAGACAACCAGAGGAUAUGAUAUAUAAGAUAGACAGGGCAUAUGGUGGUAAAGUAUAGAAUGUUGAAACAGGAGAAUGUCAUUGUCAGGGACGUAAGAAAAAGGUGUCGAUAAAAAAGCGAAGGCUAAGCUUAGGUCGGCUCGUUUCUUUUUUCAGUCUUUUUCAGCCCUCGACACUCAAGCCAUCUCUUUAACUGAACAUUUGUAUGUUCUUCCACAUGUUUAACAGUGAAUUUGGCACCAGGGACAUUUACGGAUUGAAUUGGUAGGUUUAGCUCUGUAAACAUAUCCUUCGUACACUAUUUCUAUUCAUUUACUAUUGGGGACAAACGGGAGCUUGUCCCCCCUUAGCAACAGUAGCUAACGUUAUGAAUAUUAAUGAGCGGAAGUGACGUGUAGCGUGCGGUACGCCAUUGAACGCAGGAGUGAGAUUGCAGGGAGAGCACACAGUCACGGAAUUGUGACUGAAAUCAUUAGAAAACAACAACGAAAGCCUGACAUCGUUACUUGGGAUGUCACAAUCGAUGCUCAGUUGCGCUUUCAUCAGCUUGGAAAAUAACAAAUAGAACCAUGAUGUGGUGCUGCGUUAUAUUUCCUGGAACGCGCAACCAGGAGUGCUUGUGCAUAACAGUGGCGAUCCUGGAAGUGGCGGCAGUUUUGACAGGUGGAAAUGUUAUGAAAACAACUGAUCGUGCGCUCUUUGACUGGAGGUACCACCCAGUUCACUUUUCGGGGUUUAAUUUUCCUCUACGCAUUUUUAUAUACUCAUGUUCGGUCGGCAUUGAGUCUGAGGCUGUUCGGCGACAUCGCGGGAGACGAGCUCUUUAAAAAACGCUCAUCUCCGCGUCAUCCGCGAUGGGAGUACCACAAAUGGGCACUGAAUUGAAGCAUAAAAUUGCGACGUAGUUUGAAGCGUCAAGAAAAAUGUAUUGGAAAAGGAAGGACAGGACCAGGAAUGCCACGUCGUGAUCGUCCGCCUCCAUUGUUUACGAUGCCGUCAUGCCACACUAAAAAUGGCGACGGCAUGACAUCACUUCCUUAGUAUGCGAUUGUUGUAGGGAGACAGCAGUCCAUAUUAAGCGGCGUGUAAUAUUACCCGCCUACAUUAUCCGUGUAACACCUAAUCAGGAUAAUAGGCAUACUAGUGUAACCGACAUGCUGUAUAGUCUAACUAAUUACACGUUUAAGGCCAUUAUGCGUCAUAGUGGAGACGUAGCCAUGCUCGCAUUUGACUGGCUAAAAUACUACCAGCUCAACUUUCAUAAAUGUGUCGUACAAUUGUUGUUUUUCAAUUCAUUAAAGGAUAUUCAUUCCACUGGUAUACGUACACUUGAUAAAGGAGUUAUCUGUCCCCUUAAUUCACUCUGUACGGCGCCUUUUAUUUACACACCUCUAAUUCACGAUGUUUUGACCAAACUUCAUGGUCUGAACUUUUUUGUGUGUUAUUAGGUCAUUGUUUGUGGACAUACAGUAUUUUUUUCAUAUAGAGUGUUUUGAUGGCCUCACAUUGACAAAGUUUGUCCCAUCUGCUCCUGCUUCACCAAUGUUGUGUAAAUCCAGCCUUAAAGCCAUUCAAACCAUAAACUUUCUCCGUGUGAAGUGGGUCCGAAGGACCUACUGUAAAGUGCAACCGUUAAGACAAUCUCUCGCGUACAACACCGACCACCUCUCGUGAAUUUCCCUCCAUAACGACCUCUAGCUGGCAUAUGACGCUCACACGAGUCCCCAUAUUGACACAAAAAUUACCCAAACUCUUUCCAAACCGAGCAACCUGCCUUCUCACCGCCACCCUGCACUUUAACUUGUUUACUUCCCACUUUCUGUCUUAAAAUGAACUGUGGUUGAAACUACUGAGCACCAGUGUUCACAGUGGUGUAGGACACUUGACAACACUUGACCUUGCAAGUACCCUCUUUUCCCAUUUAAGUGUAAUGCACAUACAGUGGAAUCUCAGAAGUGGAAAACCUCUUAAAGGGUAUGACAACACCUGGGGAAAUGCUAAUAUUCCAUCAUUUAUCCAUCAACGCAUGCCUUUUGAAUUCAUAUCAUGCCACUUCGUGUAAUUACACACAUCGCAACACCAAGAAAAUGAGAGAAAUUAGGUCGAUUGUCAAGCUAAAACGACCCACCCCCGAGAUGCCGGAAAUCUAGCAUAUUGUGUGCGUGACGUCACUAUAAGGAAACAACCGGCUCAAUGCUUAGUACUGAAUGGCGGCGAUGAUGGCGGACAAUUUUGUUUCUAGUUGCAGUGACGAAUCCGACGUAACGAACAUUCUUCUAAUGGUGACGAGGAGAGUUAUGAACCUUUCUUUGGUGUUUUGGGUUAUCAAUUUGAGCCCAAACGAAAGCCAAUGCAGCCUAAUGAAAGGAUCAUUGAGGGGAGCAAUCACACUGAUGAAACACCGAUGGCAACAGAAACACCGAAUGGUUUGUUUUGCAUUUCUUUUUGUGAAGCUGAUACACCGUGACCCCAAAAUAAAGUAAUAUAUAGAAUAAUUAUCAUUUCAUGCGCUAUCAUCGGUUUUCGCUCUGCCAACCGACACAAAUAUGAAUGGGAUUAGAGGAUUUGUUGUAUAUAUUUUACGAGCGAUAAUUUAUACAUGUGUCCAGUCCUAUAUCCAAUGCGUGAUAUGUUUUUUAUUAUAAAAGAGUAAGUACUUACUCUGGCCAUUUCCCCCCUUUGCUUUGCCUGGGGUGGUGGGGUGGUCUCAUCAGAGCCAGUCAUCGUCCUCUUUCUUGUUAUAUCGGGACAUUUGGCUGCGUGUGUAGGUGGGCACCGCAUCUGCUUUCAGCAGCAAUUUCUUAGCAAAACCUGAUUUCAUUUGUCCAUAGUUCGUAUAGCUUUCAGGUGUAAAAUGCACACCACACAAAACCGUGCCGGAGGCUGGGUCUGCAAAAUUAGCCCUCUUAGCACUGACGAACUUUACUCAUUGUCUGCAUAGUCCAGCACUUUUUCUUGCGUUCGGGAACUCAUAGGUACUACAUUGCGACAAAUGGCUAUGUGUAAACCACAUAGCAUGACAGGUUUGAACCAUUUUAGCGAUUUUUUGAUAAAACACGAACGCAACUCUCUCUUCGAUAAACAACGAUGGCACCUGCCUUGACCUUUUGUUUCCUUGUUUUGUUUCUGGAAUACUUUCGGAAAUGUUCGUAAUUUUCGAUCUAUUUUCGAUAAUUGCUCAUGAAUGUGAUUUAUUUUUUUUGUUAACUUUAUGAAUAUUUGUUAUCUUGCCACAUAACGGUUCUAUUGAUAUCUCACAGCCCCUUACUGUUUUCGUACCCUUUAAGUUUAUAAUAUUUUUUAAAAAUCUGAGUACAAUUUACUUGAAGCACUGGCAGAUAAUUUCACUUAUUUCUAGUAGAUUUACAUUGCAAACAAGGGAAUAUAAGUGGUUUUAAGGAGGUGUGUUUUUGCAGUGCAUAUAUCCUAAUUUAAAAAUCAUUUACGUAUUUCAAAUGAUUUUUCAAGGUGCCCAUACAAUUUUUCUUCAUGUUUCAAAUACUUUUUUGUAGGGUUGUUCCGAUCAUGUUUUUUUGCUCCCGAUCCGAUCCCGAACGUUUUAGUUUGAGUAUCUGCCGAUCCCGAUAUUUCCCGAUCCGAUUGCUUUUUUUUUUGCUCCCGAUUCAAUUCCAAUCAUUCCCGAUAAUUUUUCCCGAUCAUAUACAUUUUGGCAAUGCAUUAAGAAAAAAAUGAAUAAAACUCGGACGAAUAUAUACAUUCAACAUACAGUACGUUAGUACUGUAUAUGUUUAUUAUGACAAUAAAUCAAGAUGGCAUUUACAUUAUUCACAUUCUUUCUGUGAGAGCGAUCCACGGAUAGAAAGACUUGUAAUUCUUAAAGGAUAAAUGUGACUUUGUAUAUUGUGACUAAAUAUUGCCAUCUAGUGUAUUUGUUGAGCUUUCAGUAAAUGAUACUGUAGCCGUUUAACUGUUUGCCCAAAUGCAUGAUGGGAAGUGCAACCAUGACUGUGCCUAGUGGUACCAAUUGAUAUAUCUUCUCUGCGUUGGGAAAUAACAUAGGGUGUUAAGAAAAAGAUCAAUUUCUACCUUUCAUCCCCACAUUGCUUUCCCACGAUAUUUCUAAUCGUAGGGAGAGGGUUUGUAAGACUUUAGCCAAUUAAAGAAAGGCUCCAGAGGCUGCCAAAAUUCACUCUACUCAUUUUACGCUGCCUUUUAGCUCUAUAUAUAGGUAAAACGGCGCCAUUACAGAUUGAACGCGACAAUGCGUGAGUGGGUCGUGCAGCGCACGCGUUAAUUGCGUUAAAUUUUUUAACGUGAUAAAUUUUUUGAAAAAUUAUUUACCGCCGUUAACGGAAUAAAUUUGAUAACCCUACCUUAAGCCUAAACUAAAGACUCUGGAUGAGUAACAUAUUAUGUCUGUAACAUUAAAUACAAUUAGAAAACGAUUUAAUUAAAAGAAAAAUAUAUAUUUAAAAAAGGCAUGUUCGAUAUUUUUUUUUUGCCGAUUCCGAUACUUUGAAAAUGACGUGCUCAUCCCGAUCGAUCGGGACAUCUCUAGUCCUAACAUUUCAAUACCCUUUUUAAAUUCGUCAAAUACAUCUUCAAAUGAUAUCCAUGUAUUAUCCAGAUUUUUUAAAGUAAUGUUACUCUUGCCUGCUUAUUUAUUUCCACUAAAAUGAGUCCUACAACAUUUUUUUUAACCCCUGUCAUUUGUCGUUGAAGUUCAGCCCAUCUUUUUCAAUUUCCUUUUGCGCCACAUGACUUCAAACACUUGCUAUGCCGUCCGUAAAUGUUCAGUGAUGGCCAGUUUGACCCUGAUUUGACCUCUGUCCCCUCUUUAUACCAAGUAGGAAUUCCUUUUGAAUCACCAAAGAAUAUGAGGUUCCAACUUGGAGAUUCCACUGUUUUCCCUUGUUUACCUACCAAAAAUAAAUAAAUAAAUAAAAAACAAUAAAAAGUGUUUACACAACACAAACGUUGAAUGUUCACAAUGCGUACACACGGCAGUUAUAAUCGAGCUUAAAUGGACCAGAAGCCGCACAAAACAACUUCAUGUUUGUUUGUACCUUUGUAUUGAGCCACUGUAUACAUUAUGUAUGUGUGCAAGAUGGUGCUUUUGUCUAUUGAGAGUCCAGCUAUAUAGUAGCCAAGUAAUCCGUUUUACUUGCUUGUGAACAUGCAUUUUCUUUCCACUCGUUGCUUUUUACUAAGAUAUUAAUGGAGGAUUGUUUCUGGGAUGCAACCUGUUUGUAUGUAUAUGAGGCAUCUGAGCAUGGGAGUGCCUAAGUGUAUGUGUGUGUGGUGCUUAUGAGUGUGCACAAUUUUAACUUAUUCCAUUAUUCAGCUGUACUAAUGCUUUGCUACUGUGUUCCCUCUCUCAAUUUGAUUAGGCCCCCUCACGCUUGCCAUUUUCUCCGUCCAUCAAAAACCUCUCACUCCAUCCUUUUUUUUUACCCAAACUUGGAUUGUUUUACGUCUUAUAGUGUGUGUGUGUUUGGGAGAUGUUAAAAAAAGGUUAAUUUGAGUGUUAGGCACAAGCAAAAAGUGAAGAAGCAGCCAGAAAUAAAAUGUGAACAUGAUCAACUGUACUUGCUCAUUGCCACUUUUUUGGUCGUGUUUGUGUCAUGUGACUUUUAAUUACAGAUGUCCCGAUCCGAUAUUUGGAUCGGAUCGGACGCCGAUAUGGGCAAAAAAAUGCGCAUCGGUAUCGGAUCGGAACAUGCGAAAAAUUCCGAUCCAGACUUCCGAUCCAGUUAAAAAAAAAAAAAAAAAAAAACGGUCCGGGUUUUCCAGCGCACCGAAUCACAUAAUCCGUUCCAGUUUUUGCUUCGGUUUCCCUAAAAUCCGGUCCGCAUUUUACGGCACACCUUCAACACACUACAUUUACAUUACCGUCUCCCAAUUUACCGAGAGACUAUCAGUAAAAACGUCAGCUGUGUGGGAUCAUUUCACCUUAAGGGCGACAAAGACGAAGAGGCAGAGAGCAACAUAUGCCACAAUAAAGUCAAGCGUAGUGGUAAAGCUGUAAGUUUUUAUGCAACCAACCUAAUCAAGCAUUUAACGAAAUACCACCACAAACAAUACGAGGAGUAUGUUAAAAAAAUCGAAGACAAAAAGAAAGUUCCUACGCAACUAACACUGGCAGAAACUUUUGCUAUGCGUGACAAACUGGCACUCGACAGUCCCAAAGCCCAGGGAAUAACAAGAGUCAUUGCCGAAGAAUUCAUUCUGGAUGACGAGCCAUUAUCUCAUGUGAGCAAAGACGCACCAUCCAACAUGCGAUUCGGCCGCUCAAGAUUCGAGAACGAUUCACAAACAUCCAAAUUCCGAUUAUUGAAAUAUGUCAAGUAAAGCGGAACUAAUAUACAGCGCGGUCUUCGGGACGCAAUGAGAAACUGACCACAUUGCGUCCCGAAAGUAAACAUAACUUGUGUUAGACCUGGGUAAUGCCAAUGCUCAACUCACAGCUUUAGCUCAACUCAUGUCGCUGGAUAAAAAACACAAGCAUACAAACUACGUCAACGUCGUUUUACUGGAGAUAAUAGAUAUCAUGUGUAUAUAGAACCAGAUGCUACACGACAGACUCGACUGCGUUAGCAACAUUGAAGUAUUGAAAACCAGAACAGCUGCCAUCUUAAAGCAAAAGACUUCCUUAGUAGGCUGUUGUGAACCUUCCAAGCGAACCUAAUUAACUUUUUAUCUAAAAUACUCCUAAAUCGGCAAAAUCUUGACUUGAAUUUAUCUUCAAAACAGUUUUAAGACUUCACAUGUCGAAAGUAGACAGAAGGGAAAUUAUGGAAUAACGGGAGCAAUUUUAACAACAGUUGAUUCGCAAAAUUAAAUGAAUUGACUGCAGUUUAAAGCUGCUGAUACAGAAUGAGGACUUGAGUAUUUUAUUUACUGUUUUAAAAUGUUAACUUGAUACUGAAAUAGUCGUUUAUUUAAACCUGAGAGGCUUUUUAUACAAUUUUUGUAACUAAUGCAGGAAACAUUAAAAGCAUCUAAAAGCUUGGGGGAUUUGUGGAAUUUUCCACUGAGGUGGUUGGUGUGUUUUGCUUUUUUAAGACAGUUUACAAUAUUAUUUGCACGUUUUACUGACUGACUAUGCCAUUUCUGUUUGUUAUUUAUAAUGUUUUGUGUUUGUCACUGAAUAAACAGGUCAGUUUCUUGUUACCAACCGUUGUGUGUUAUUCAAACUCACCUAAUUCAGCUGGCUAGUUGUUAUCAAGAGUACUAAAACCUUUUUCAACAUGAGUCUGACAACUAAGUAAGGAUGCUGAAUAACUUUAAAUUUUAACACAUGCUCAGAUAGGUCGGUAUCGGUAUCGGCCAGUAUUGGUAUCGGAUCGGAAGUGCAAAAACCUGGAUCGGGACAUCCCUACUUUUAAUACAGAUCAACAUUCUGAGCUGGAAGAAAGUCCAAGCCAGGGUGCUGGUUGUUGUUCUGGGCAGUGAAAGGGAUCGGCCCAAUUGUUGUGCGGACUUUGGGAAUGAUGUUAAUUGAGCUACUGGAAUGGAAAAUGCAAAUGGUGCUAUGCAUGGUGAGCUGAAAGUUACAAUUAACUGGGUGGGGCCUUGAGGGAAUCUGGGAAGUAGGCCUGCACAAAAUAUCAUUUCACUGGAAUGCCACUUGUAAAAGGAGUAAAAAAAAUAUUUGAAAAGAGAUAAGAUUUGCCUAUAACGCAGAAAAGUCUGCCAAUGGAACAAGCAAUUUUUUUUAUUGGAAAGGAUCGUUAAAAUAUGACAUCCAUUCAGGAUGAACGAGAUCUUGAAAUGAGUUGUAUUUAACUAGUUUUAAGAAGUCUUUGGGCUGAUAAUAAGCCUUAAAAAUAGUAUUACCGGCUCAUUUUAUGUACUAUAACAAGCCAGUAUUGCUUAAAAUUAGUAUUUUCAGGCUUAUCAUGAGCAGGUGUGAAAGUGCCUAGAAUUUCUUGCCUGAACUCCCUGACGUGAAGGUCGCCACGG